GGCUCAUUUUAACUGCGGCUGCAGCCUGAGGAACACCCGCAGCAGUUUGUGAUAGUGUUGAGAAAAAAAAACAGGAAGAAGAUGAAGCUGUUUGCGGUUGGGCUGGUGGUGGUCCUGAACUUGGCCUUCGGAUCCGGGGAAGUUGCUUCCGUCCUGAAGGUGUGCUCCCGAAGUGAUCCCCAGCUGUCGCAGUGCAUCACGAAUGUGGUCGACAUGAUCCGGCCGAACAUCGCGUCCGGGGAUUAUGGUCCGGGCAGGAAGGCUCCGGGCCUGGAUCCCUAUCCGAUUGCCCAGAUGAAGAUUGAUCACGGGGCUAGCUUCAAGUGCAAUCUUGACGAUGUGGUCAUCGAGGGUGUUAGCAAGUUUGAGAUUAAGAAAAUUCGUCAAAACAUCCCGGAGAAGGGAUUCAACAUUACCGUGAGGCUUCCGACGACUUUCGUGCACGGAAAGUAUGACCUUAACAUGAACAUCCUGCUGCUGCAGCUGACAGGAAAGGGACCUUUCAAUUUGACGCUGGAAAACACCCUGGUCAACUUCAAGAUCCGGUACUUCCUGGAACCCAAGGACGGCAAGGAGUACCUCAAGUUCCUCCCCAUCGACCUGCGGUUCAAGUUCGACAAGGCGCAGUUCUACCUGAAGAACCUGUUCAACGGUGAUCCGACGCUGGAGCAGAUCGGCAACCAGGCCAUCAACGCGAAUCCGCACAUCCUGCUGGAGGAGGUGCGCCCCUCGAUGGAGGCACACCUCAAGAAGUCGCUGACGGCCGUCGCCAACAAGGUGGUGGAAAAUUCAACCGAACAGGAGCUGCUUCCGCCGUAAUUUUGGGAGGUUAUAGAGGAAAGUUGUAUUGUUUGAUAUUUACCAGUGGAGAAAAUUAAAGUUUUUCAGCAAUUUUUCGGA